GAUGAUCCCUCUUUUAAUAUUUCUAAUUCAUUGAUACUGGCAAUAUUGAUGCUUAUACAUUAACAUAUUUAUCUGCAAGUGCGAAUAUUGACAUGAGUUUGGAGUAUAUUUCAAUUUAAUAAUUAUUAAUUAAUAUCAUGGCGUACAACAAUAAAAAUUUGUUGUGUGUUGCGGAUAAAAACGAAUUAACACAAAAAAAGAUUUCUGAUCAAAUACCUGGUUUAUAUGCAAUAUAUCGUCCGCCACCAGAAAGAAGAACUUUGCCACCUCAUGUGCCGAAGGGAAAGUUGUAUUUAUUAAAACCUAGAAUUGUCCAACCACACAAUAUUCCAGAGCAUAAGAAAGUAAAACCACCCAAAUUUAUUCCUUUCGAACCGUAUCCUUGCGCAAUUACUGAGUUUAAUAAAACAUUUCAAAAGAAGAUUGACAACAAAAAGACUUCGCAUAUUCUGCAACAGUCGUGUAUGAAAUCUACUGAGGUAGUAAUAAGCGAUAAACAAACAAAUAGUACACGUGAGCUACCGGAGUCUGUCAUAAAAUUGAAAAAGGAACGUGACUUUUUUAAGAAUCAAUUUAAGAUGCAAAUACAAAUUAACUCAGAAAUAAAGUCUUUAUUGUUCGCUGCAGUAGGUCAAGAUUUGCAGAACAAUAUUACAGAAAUGCAAAAAAAUAAAUUGCAUAUAACUAAAGUCCUGCUGGACACCAUGAACGAUUUGUCCACACACACAGAACAAAUAGAGUUAUUAAGCGGUCAAUGUGAAGUUUGGCGAAGUAAAUUUUUAGCGGGUAGCGUGAUGAUAGAAAAACUGGCUAACUGGAAAACUGAUCUAGCAAGACAAAAAGAAAUUUUGAUAAACACAAAUUUCAAAUUGCUUAAAUUGAUUGAGAAUCUCAGAUUCAUGCACCUCGAAAUAUUAAGAAAUUUAAUAUGUCUAUCUGAUACAAAAAAAAUUGAUUGUGUUUCUGGAGACGUUAUCACACUGUCACAAGAAAGCUUAAAUAUUACUCAGCUAAUGUUAAAUAACAAAGUCCCGAAAGAAUUAAACUUUGAAAAUAUGAAUCCUUUUACUGAAGUGGAAAAAUUUUGUUUGCAAGUUCUAAACCAUUUAAAAAAUAAGUUUCUUGAAACAGAUGAAGCAUUUGAAGCUGUAGUUAAUCAAGCUAAACUAAAAGUUGUUGAUGAAUAGUGCUAAUAAAUUGUCAACAGGGAAAAAUAUUGUAACAAAAAUCUUUUAUUUGCUAUUGUCUAAAUUUACAACAGUUAAUUUAUUUCAAAUCAAAAUAAUAAUUACAAAUCUA